UUCGCCAGUGGAGCGAUCUCAACGAGAAAUACCAAAUAUAUACGAAAAAGGAACUACAUAUACAUAUACCAACACAUAAAUACCAAAAAUGUCAGCUGCAAAUAAAGUGAAUUACUUGGUCGGCGCUACGUCGCGUUACAUUGCCGGACGGCAUGCCGUGCAGACGGUCUACUGGCGCACCUCCUCCGGACCCGAUUCCCGCAUGCUGAAGACGAAGAAGACGUGCGAGUUCGAUCGCAGCUCCAAGGCGCCGCAAAGCGUGCGAAUGCAGCGAUACAAUCGCAGCUUCAUCAACAAGGAGUAGCAAAGCCCGCCACGAACAAAACUUAUAUAGUUCCUACAUUGUAUAUACAUAUAUUUCGAUUAAGGUAUAUUUAUUGAGCGAAAAAAAGA